AUUGCAGCAGCGCGUGGACUUUACCGCUUGUUGUGUUAUUUCCGGUGAAGAAUUUAACGGCUAAUAUACAUCAGAUCAGUCUGCGGUAAGAUGUAAUAAACCAACCAUCUACCAGUUUCCACUGUAACUAGUUCACGUCAAUCAAAUGUCGGCCACGACAACCGCCACCAACACCACCCCCAGCUUGCACAGGAAGAGACCCCUGUCCAUCAUCGAAGAGCACGACAGCGAUGACCACUCGCUGCCAGACAAGUUCCAGGACCACCCCCCGGCCAAAGAGAACCAGGCCCCACCCCGGCGGUCCAUCGAGCACUCCCAGAGCCCCACCCCACGGAAGGACAAGCAGGGCAAGACUGGGAAUCAGAACAUAGUUGCUUCCCCUGGGACUGACCCACGUUCCGGUGCCAGGAAUGUCAGCCCAAAAGUUGACCAGUCUAGUCCCAAGUCUCGGCCCUCGCAGUUAAAGACAUCAAAACCGCCUGCCCCACCCCGGCCACGUUCUGGCACCAACUCCCCCGUGUCCCCUACCCCAGAUGGUAAAGAAACACACUCUAAAAAGAAAAAGGGGAAGAAAUCCUUACCCAAACAAAACGAAAGUAGAUCAGGGAAUAAUAGCCCAGUAGGAGCACCCACAAAAACGAUUUCGGAUACCUCGAAUCUUAAGACCUCAACAAAUUCUGUUAAAGUCACGGAGUCUAAGAAAAAGAACAGUCAUUCCUCUCCUAAAAACUUUCCAGAACCAUCCAGAACUAUUCAAAAUGGCGGACAAGUGUACUUGGAUUCCAACCACAACCACGUGCUAAAAAUAGUCGGGGACGGGCAGGGUUUAGCGAGAAUACGCGAGACGGUGGAACGUCUCAAUCUGACGUCAUCAGGGACGCCCAACCAAUCGUCUUUGACCACCGUGUCUAGUCCUAAAUUUAGUCACCGUCUGCGAUUGUCUCAUAACUCUCGGCCCCUAUCCGAAGGCUGCACUUUGGUACCUCCCAGCAUUCCCCAAAUCACCAUCACAACUUCCGGCCCUACCCAUCAUGCUCCACUCAUCGACCCCGAGCAGAGACCCGAGUUAGCUCCAGAUAAACAAUCAGCCCAAACAAAGAAGCCCCUCCUGUCCAAAUACAACUCCUCCAAACACGGAAGUUCCUUGUUCAACCGACGCAUCCGUAACGACUCCAUCAGUUCAAUUUCUGAAGGCGAGCUCAGUGAAGGGGGCGGGGUGGAGAGCGCCGAUGAGUCCGGCUACAUUCCAUCCGACUUGAAACGUCUGCAGGAGACCACAGACAAGCUCCACCUGAGCCCCCGGCGCCCCAGCAUCAUGCUGUGGCGCCAGAAGUACAUCGAGAGCCCCGACUCCCCGAGGGUUAGGACCAACCUGAACGGUGACGCCCCUGACGAGCUGCUGACCAAAGACAGGAAGAAGCGAAUCGACGAGGCGCUGGAGUGGCUGAGGAAUGAAUUGCAGGAAAUGAGAAGCCAGGAUCAGAUGCUUGCUAGACAGCUGCUGACCAUACGACAAGACAUUCACCAGCUGAAGCUGAAAAGAUGUACAGAAGAACACCAAGAUCUUUUGGAUGAUUUCCAAUCAGAGCUGGAGGAUCUGCACGAGUUCUCCUACGUCCUUGACCUUCCCAAGCCCCUCUAUGGCAACAACCCCCUCAAACAUAUUGGCGUCACGCGCCUCAAUUUGAGCGCUCGGCGGUUUUCUGCGUGUUGAUGUCUGCACAACGCUACGGUGAACUACGUAAUCAUAAUCACGGAGAGUUACGGUGAAUUGUGUACACAUGGAGAGUUGCGUCAACUGCAUACAUACGGUGCGGUAAACUGUGUACACACGGAGUUACGGUGAACUGUAUACACACGGAGAGUGUUGUGAACUACGGGUGUACGGGUGCGUUUGAUGAAUGGCAUUCUCUAUAGCUGUGCUAACAACAACAGUAAACAAAUGAUGUGCUGGAACUUAGUGAGCCUAGAACUAGAUCUACCCCGCUGCAUCAGGUUGCGCCCUAAACGUCUGAGAGAAUUCUGAGAAAAAGAUGAAUAUGAGGAUAAACUGAAUGACCUAGAACCAUACGGCUACAUUAUACCACAGUAACAGUACCACACAGCCACACAGAACAACACAGCUACACACUACCACACAGCCACACAGUACAACACAGCCACUCACAGCUACACACUACCACACUGCAAUACACACAGCCACAUACAACUACACAGUACUACACCGAUACACACUACCACACAGCUACACACUAACACACAGCAACACACAACUACACAGUACCACACCGAUACACACUGCCACACACAGCUACACACUAACACACAGCUGCACAGUAUAACACAGCUAAAUUAUACCACGGUAAGAAUACCCCACAGCUAUAAAUUACAAAACUGUACCACUCAAAAACUAAAUACAAAGCUGAAUCCACACAGUAACACAGCUAGACACUAACAUACACUACCACACACAACUACACAGUACCACACAGAUACACAGUACCACACAGCUACACACUACCACAGCCACACACAACUAUACAGUACCACCAGUG